CGUCCUUUUCAGUUGAACUGUCUGGGUUGUGCGCACCUGCCUGUAACACCCUGAUUCAGAAUAACCUGACUGACUUUUCGUGACUACUUCCCAGGCAGGCUGAAGUUAUAAACCCGGUUGUCCCUGUAGGGCCCUGGGCUAGUGACCUGACCCCGCUCCGGGGGGCUGCGGGGGCUGUGUAGCUCUGUCCCAUACCCCGGAGCAAUUACAGCGGGGCCCCGCGCAUCCCAUCGAACUGGGACCGGGGCCAGAUUCCUACAACAGAACAUACAACCCCGUAGUUUUCAUGGACCCUGAAAUCUAUUGACUUGUUGUUGUUGUUUAUUCUUGUCUCUGGAGUCUGGACCUCGACUCUUCCUUGACCAAGAAAUUUGGACUUUGGCAAAGUCCAACGACUACCCCUGCUAUGUAAAGAUUAAUUCAGCAUGGAUGUGUCCCCAAAUUCCCCAGUCCUCACCCUACGCGGGGGACCAAGAACUCCCCCGGGGGGGGAGGCUCAUGGCAUGGGACGCUGACUAACUGGAAUGACUGUAACCCAGGGCAGCGAGUGGCCUGGCUCAAGCUCACGGGAGUCAGAGCAACUCCCGCCUGGAGGAGACAGGACGGAUGUUUCAAUCCCAGUUCAGGAGAGAGGUGACGGGCCGGCGAGCAAGAGCGAGGAGGGGCGUCCCCAGAAGGAGGAUCGGGAGCGAGCGGAACCGGGUGGGAUGGUGCCGGGACAAUCCCAAGGGAACGAGUCUGGGAGCCCCGAGGGUCAGUGCAACGCAGGCAGGCUGAGCUGGUGCCAGGAUUGUGGAAGGAGCUUCCAUCAGAGCGCCCGACUUCUCAGACACCAGGCCAUCCGUACGGGGGAGAGAGCCCACAAACGCCCCGACUGCGGGAAAGGCUUCACCCUGGGCUCAGACGUGACCAGGCAUCAGCGCGUCCACACAGGGGAGCGUCCCUACGCGUGCCCUGGGUGCGGGAAAGGCAUUGCUCACAGCUCCGACCUCAUCCGGCACCAGAGCCUGCCCACGGAGGAGAAACCCUACAAGCGCCCGGCCUGCGGGAAGGGGUUCCGGGUGAGCUCCCACCUCGUCACCCACCAGCGCGUCCAUGUGACGAAGUGGGACUAUUCUUAAUGUUUCCUCUGAAUAGUGUGGGGGUGCCUCAGUUUCCCCUAGGCAGUUCUUAAGUAUCUAGGGGGUGGGGUAAGGGUGUAUGAUCAUUGCAGAGCCCUAGAGGGCAUGUGUGUGCAGGGGUCUGGACACAGAGAAUGGCCGACACCCUGUUUCCUGGCAACUGAUGGCCUGGGCCCUUCCUCCCCCUGCAAGGUGAGAGCUGAAGGGUUGGAGAACAAAGGAAUCAGGUGACCACCUGGCCCGGGAAAGGAACAAAGCCCAGAGGAGGAGGGGCUGGAGGGGGUUUUCAGUUUGGGGCUGGCUGGGACAUGGAGUGAAGGGCAGACGUGGUUGUCUGGCUCACUGCCCCCCAAAAUGGACCCAGCUGAGGGGUCCCGUUCUCUGCACCUGCAAGCUCUGUUUUAGACCAUGUUCCUGUCGUCUAAUAAACCUUCUGUUUUACUGGCUGGCUGAGAGUCACGUCUGACUGCGAAGUUGGGGUGCAGGACCCUCUGGCUUCCCCAGGAGCCCCGCCUGAGCCGACUCGCUGUGGGAAGCGCACGGAGGGGCAGAGGAUGCUGAAUGCUCCGAGGUCAGACCCAGGAAGGUGGAAGCUGUGUGAGCUGCGUGUCCUGAAGACAGGCUGCUCACAGAAAGGCGACUGCCCCAGAGUCCUGACUGGCUUCAUGGGGAGCAGUUCCAGAGCAUCGCCCAGGGACUCCGUGACAACUGGUGGCAGCGGUGGGAUGUACUGCACCCCGUGGAUGGUGCUUCCUGCAGUAAGUGACUGGGGAGCAGUAACACGAAGGGGGAUUGCCGAGGACCAGGCCUGCUGAAGGCUCAGAGAGGAGCGGUUUCGGGGGGCGGUUAACCCCUGGGAGUGUGUGACCAGCGAGAAGGACUGUGCAGUAACAGG